UCGCGAUGUAACAGUCGAUCAUCAUCUCCAUCGCAACGUAACGUUGAAAUGUAUGUGGGAACACCAAGUGGUUCAUCGUCAGUGGAGCAUCGAGGCGUUUCGGAUGUUCGUGCACAGAGCGGUACACCCGACCGACGAUCUGGCACUCCGGAUUCGGCCAAUUUAGAGUUUCCGUCACCACCGGACGACGGUCGAAGUUCAUCGCCAGCUUUGAUGGUCACAAUGGAAGAAGGCGACCAUGAUGAGAUGCCUGGUACCCCACCGCCUCAGGUGAGGAGAGAAGCUUUUUUAUAG